AAAGCGUCGGCGUUUGGUUCGAGCAUCAGUCGCGAACGGCCCGCGGUCUGAAUCACCUGUCGAUAGCAGUGCGCGCGCGCCACAGGAAGUGCAGUGAAUUACCGGACAAAACAACUGUUAACAUUCGCCAUUCAAAAUCUGAAAGCGAACACCUUUUUUUAAUGCUCGGUGAGAGCCAAGGACUUUUUUAUCUGUGUCCGUGAAGUCACGUCGAGGGUUCAAAUCAGUCAGCGAGGUGACACUUUCUCCGAUAGAGCACGUGUCUUCCCACGGUGAAACCGUGCGAAGUGAGAAAAUGGUCUCACCACCAACCAGCAACAAAGCCAGAUGUGUCAGAUGACUGAGUACAAUGCAUGCGAGGGUUACAUCUCACCCGACGCGAGUCCGGUUAAAACCAGUUCAGUACAAAUGCAUCAUAGGGUUCUGGUUGCUUCUGAACAUUCUAGAAGUGGUGGUCGCCAACAGACCGCCCAGGUUUCUCAUAGAUGGGCAGUCAGAAAUUGUUGUCAGGCUGAAAGAAGGACCUGAUACGCCAAUCGGUAGUCUAAUAUACCGGCUGAGGGGCGUUGACCCCGACGGAGAUUCGUUACAAUUUGGCAUUAGAGACCAACUUGGUAGUGAUAUUUUAAGAUUAGAAGCCAUUUCAUCCAACGAAGCUAAUAUUUAUUUAGUUAAGGAAUUAGAUAGAGAGGUCCGUGAUGAAUAUACUUUUGUGUUAACGUUGACUGAUGGACACUUAGGCGAUGGGAAUUUUAUAACACAAAGCUUCUUGUUGUUAGUCGAAGAUGUAAACGACAACGAACCAAUUUUCAAACCGUAUCCAUCUGCUAUCACAGUAAAGGAGGAUGCUUCUCCUGGAAUUUUAACAACUGUCGAAGCAACUGAUCUUGACGAGGGAGCUUACGGACAAGUGCUUUACCACUUACAAGAAUUAGACGGAGACGUUCAAAACUUCGCUGUGCAAACCGUGAAUGGGAAGGGAGUGAUCCGUUUGACAAACCGAUUGGAUUAUGAAAGGAAGUCGUUGUAUCAACUCCGGGUGCUGGCUGUGGACCGCGCGAAUCAGGGCAGAGUUAAUACUGGGACGGCUGCGAUACUUGUGAAGGUCCAGGAUGUGGAGGAUCAACCUCCUGAGUUUGUUGUUGCCAGUCCUGUGACGAGGAUAAGUGAAGAUGCACCGAUUGGGACAUCUGUUUUGCAAGUGCGAACUAUUGAUGGUGACCGUGGCAUCAAUAAUCGCAUAUCAUAUAGCAUCAUAGCUGGUGGAGAGGAGCAUUUUGACAUUGACAGCAGUUCUGGAGUUGUGUACACUGUUAACCAGCUUGAUAGAGAAGACCCUAACAACAGCAAUGGAGCUUACAUAUUGGAAAUAUUGGCUACUGAAGAAUCCCGUGCCAUAUCUCCAAUGCCCAGUGCCACCACCGAGGUGACCGUCAUAGUAACGGAUGUGAACGACGAAACUCCUCGGUUCAGGAAUGACAGAUAUGUUGGUGAAGUGCUUGAGAACGCACAGCAGAAUACGCCUAUCACAUUCCUGCAAGAUGCCAUUCCUGAGGUCUUUGAUUAUGACCAGGGUAAAAACGGUACAUUUGAGCUAUACCUGAGUGGAGACCACGGCGUUUUCGAUGUGACGCCAUUCAAAGGCAUCAACGAGGCUUCCUUCCUCAUCAGAGUCAAUGAUGCAUCCUUCUUAGAUUACGAGAAGGUCACUGUCAUGAAUUUCAGUCUAGUCGCCAAAGAAAUUGUUACCAAAGAUCCUAAAAUGAGCAUAGUGCCAAUAGUAGUCCACAUAAAGGAUGAGAACGACAACUUUCCAGAGUUCACAGAGUCUCUAUACACAGUGUCAAUACCUGAGAACUGUGGUGUUGGCACCACGGUCGCCUGGGUGCAGGCACUUGACCAGGACUCAGAUAAUUAUGGCACGAGGGGCAUAAGAUAUACCAGCCUUGGUGGGAGUAUUGCUAAUUUGUUAAACCUAAACCCAAUAUCAGGAGUAAUAACAGUAAAACAAGCGGGCGGUGACAGUUUCGACCGCGAGUUAAUUUCCCGCCAUUACCUGACAGUUGAGGCUCGCGACGACUUGGGCAAAGGCAACAGGAAUACAGCCCAGUUAAUUAUUAACAUAGAGGAUGUAAAUGAUAACGCUCCGAUGUUUCUGGCCAAUAAGUAUGAAGCUAGGCUGCUUGAAAAUGAAAAGCAGUUUGAGAAUCCACUUGUACUUGAAGCUAGGGAUUUGGAUUUGAAUGGUACAAAAAACAGCCAUAUAGAAUACUCAAUAGUCAGUGGAGAUUAUAAGAACAAUUUUACAAUAGAUCCGAACUUGGGCAUCAUCACGCCAGUCGGAGGUUUGGACUUUGAACAGAUACCGGGGGAUAACAGUAAUUUACGACCCAUACAUCUUACGGUCCGCGCCCGUGACUUCGGCGAGCCGUCCCUCUCAUCGACAGUUCCCGUAACGAUCUACAUACAAGACGUGAACGAUCACGCGCCGCUCUUCCAACAGAUGAUGUACAAGAGAUCUAUCCCUGAAGAUAUGCCGGGAGGAACCAGUGUGCUGGAGGUGAAAGCCCGCGACGCGGACGGGUCGUCGCCGAACAACCGUGUAGUGUACCGCAUACAGCGCGGCGCUAGUGACAAGUUCGUCAUCGACUCCCGCUCCGGCGUCGUGUCUGUAGCUAAUGGAUCCACGCUAGACCCCGACAGGACCACGCCCAAGAAUAAUAGAUAUACUCUUACUGUGGUGGCAAUAGACGGCGGUAUAGGCGACCAGCAACUGAGCGCAGCAGUGUUGGUGAACAUCACCAUAGUAGACGUGAAUAACAAGCCGCCGAUGCUCGUCGAACCUGGGACGAUCACCGUUAGGGAGAAUACGCAGGUAGGAACUCAAAUCUACCAAGCGGCGGCUCACGACCCGGACGAGCAGCCAGUGUUGCGCUACGCCAUAGACAAGACCGCCAGUGUUGCCAGGAACGAGGACGGCAUUCCACUAGCUUUGACGGAGUAUGAUUACCUUUCUCUAUGGGACUUGAAUGCCGUGGAUGGAACUUUGAAGGUGGUCAGGCUUUUAGACCGAGAGAAGCUCGAGAUAGUUAAACUAGUGCUAACAGUAGAAGAUAUGGCAGCCAUAGACGGUGGGCCUAAACAAACUGCCUCAGCUACCCUCACAAUAGUCAUAGACGAUGAGAAUGAUAACAACCCUGUGUUUAGAAAGCCUUUGUAUAAGACCUCUAUUACGGAAAACUCGAAGAAUGGAGUCAAUAUUGCUACCGUUAUAGCUGAUGAUGCCGAUAAGAAUAAGAGUAUGAGUUAUUUUAUUGAAGGUCGCGAAGAGCUAUUAGGCCUAGUUCACAUGGACAUCAAGACAGGUGAAGUGGUAGUAGCGAGUAAGAUAGACCAUGAGAUGUAUCCGUGGAUCAACCUCACGGUCAAAGCUGUGGACAGCGGGGUGCCGCCGCGGUAUUCCGUUGUGGAUUUGUUUAUUCAGGUGUUAGAUGAAAACGACAACAACCCAGUAUUCGAGUCAUCAUCGUUCGAGUAUCGAGUGAAAGAGGAUGUGGAGCCGGGGACUACUAUAGCAAAUAUAUUGGCACGAGACGCCGACUCGGGAGAGUUUGGAAAGAUCACGUAUUUACUCGAUCGCAUAUCUACGCAGGGAAAAUUCCUAAUAAAUGCAGAGACAGGUGCACUAACGGUGUCAGACUGGCUGGACCGAGAGACACAGCCGACAUACAACCUUGUCAUAGAGGCCUGGGAUAACUACCAGUUCGGAUACCUCAGCGGAGAGAGCAGAAAUGCUUUUAAGCGAAUUGUCGUCUACAUAGAGGACGUGAACGACAACCCUCCGAUAUUACACGUGCCAUCCGACUGCACGACUAUAACGGAGUUUCACAACUAUCGGGAGCCGAUCGUGUCGGUGUCGGCGACCGAUGCCGACGAUAACUCCGCCCCUAAUGGACGGGUGCAGUUCCAUCUAGUUGGAGGGAAAGGACAUGAUCUAUUCCGCUUCGAGCAAGUAGGAGGCGACGCGAACACAGGCCGACUAUUCGCUCGACAAUCGCUAAAAGAUCGCUUCGGCAACUACACACUGGUAGUCGAAGCGAGAGACUUGGGCAUCCCGCCCAAUGUGGUUAGAGGAGAGUUGAAAUUGUGUGUGACUGAUUAUAACGAUCAUGCGCCAGUGUUUGUACAUCCACCUCAGAAUGUCACCAUUAAAGUACCUGAGAACGCGACAAUAGGCAGUGUGGUAGUAGAGGUCCGCGCUAUAGACGCGGAUAUUGGACCCAAUGGCGCGGUGCGGUACCGCCUGAGACAGGACGCGGCGGCUGCUUGGAGGACCUUCGCAGUUCACGCCACCAGCGGAGCUCUGAGGGUCACGCAGCCCUUGGAUAGGGAUAAACAGACUACGUAUCAGCUCAGAAUAGAAGCCUACGACCUCGGUCUACCGACACCUCUAAGUUCUGACCUGGACCUUACGAUAUACGUUCAGAACGUCGACAACUACCGGCCUAGGUUCCCCAACAGGCAUAUUCAUAUUAACUUUACGGAGAACGCUCCGAACAACGGUUUGUACCUGCCAAGCGUUAUAGAAAGGGAUGAGAUAGACAGAGGAGAUGAACCGGUGUUGCCAGUAUGUUAUUAUAUUGUUGCUGGCGAUGACGGAGCUGUGUUUGAGCUGCAAAGGAGUACGCAUAGACUAUCAACCCAAAAACCGUUGGAUCGCGAAGAGAAAGCAGAAUAUUCCCUCACUAUCCUAGCGACAGAGGACUGUUUGACUGUACCUAAGUAUGACGAAGAAGUAGAUCGGAUCAGUACCCUGACAGUCCAUGUUAUCGUCAACGAUGUGAAUGAUAACGCUCCUAAGUUUACCAACAAGAUAUUCACAGGUGGAAUCACUACUGAAGCCGAUUUUGGAAUUGAGUUUAUGCAUGUCAAGGCCAUAGAUCUUGAUGAAGACGAGAACGCUAAGAUAAGUUACUAUCUGAUUGGCGACGUAAAGGAAACGUUAACUGAAGGCCUCGAGAACUUGGCCGUGUCGCCGUUUCUAGUCAACGUUGAAACCGGUGCAGUUUCUCUCAACUUCGACCCUCAGAAGGGAAUGAAAGGAUAUUUCGAUUUUAAGGUGUUGGCAAAUGACACCGGCGGGCUACAAGACGAGGCUCACGUAUUCAUCUAUUUACUUCGCGAAGAUCAACGUGUUCGCUUCGUCCUUCGGUCGCACCCAUCAGAAAUACGUGACAAGAUACACUUAUUCCGCGAACGAUUGGCGCAAGUCACGGACUCCGUCGUAAAUGUUGACGAUUUGAGAGUCCACGAAAAUAAAGACGGCUCAGUAGACAAUACAAAAACGGAUUUGUACUUACAUCUUGUGAAUGGACAAGAUCAUUCGGUACUCGAAGUUGAACAAGUACUUAAAUUGGUGGAUAAGAAUAUUGAGCAGUUGGAUGAUUUAUUCAAGGAAUUCAACGUGCUAGACACGCAGCCUGCCGAGUACCAGCCACUAACAGCGGAGACGCUCUCGUCCAACCAGACAGUGUUCUGGCUUGUUUGGACGACAUUAUUCCUGUCUGUACUGCUGGUACUCACUAUCAUGAUGUGCCUCUCGCAGCGAGCUGAUUAUGUGAGGAGGCUGAAGGCUGCUACAGCCACGGCUUACUCAUCACCGACGCCAGGAGAAUCGGACAUGACCAUCCGAAGUUCAGGCGGCCGCGUACCCAACACAAACAAACAUAGUACAAAGGGAUCCAACCCAAUAUGGCUCCACGCUUACGAAAACGACUGGUACAAGUCAGAAGAUCAACUCAGUCGGUCAGAACGAGACUCGCUCGACGAAAACGCCGUGGACCAAGAUUUAUCCAAUGAAAAACCGUAUUUCAUAACCACCGGGGCUUUCCCGUCCAUAGAAUCCAACGAGACCGAACCCCAAACUAACCAAGCGAAAUACGACUUUUACCAACAGUUAGAACAAAUGAAAAACGCUAAAAAUAUGGAAACGACUGAAUUAUAAUCAUUAGUGUUAUGUGUAAUUAUAAGUUUUGAUAAUUAUGUGCCUUUGUAAAUUAUGUACCUCCAUUAUUUUCUGAAUAAAUUUUGUAAUUAUAUGAGCUAAGGACAAACCUUUUACUACAA